CUUCUAUGCGCCGCCCUUCAACGACACGGAAUGAAAGAGAACAUCACCUCCACCUCCCACUUCAUCGCACUUUGAAUCCACACGCGCGCGGCCGGCCUGCCAACUGCUGCACCCCAGCCCGACUCCGCACAAUCCCGCCGCCGCUCCCAUGCCCUCCGCCGAUAUGACCCUCAUGUCGCCCAAUCCCUCGCCCGCCACCACCACCCGCAAAUCCGGCUCUGCCCCCGAGAAGAAGUACAAGUGUCAAUUCUGCAAUCGCGCCUUUAGUCGGAGCGAGCAUCGCAGCCGUCACGAACGAUCCCACACCAAGGAACGCCCCUUCAAGUGCCUCAAAUGCCGUAGCACCUUUGUCCGCCGCGACCUCCUGCUGCGCCACGACCGUACCGUCCACGCAAAGGAUGGCGGCGUUCCUCUCCACAGCGAGGCAAAGCGUCGGACUGGUCCCAAGCCGCCAGAGGUGUCGGCCGCCCCCGCCUCCCAGAAGCAACCGUCGACGGCCCUGGACACGACGACGCUCGAACAGAUUGAGGCAAGCAGCGACGAGAUGGUCGAUAUCGAGGCAGCCGCAAUGCUGAUGACCGACUUCCACCACAAGGCAAUGGCUAGCCAGGAGCCCGAACCUGCCCCAGACGCGUCCGAUGCUGCUCAUUCUCCCAGCGGACCUGCCCUCCUCGAGCCCAAUGUCGCCUACACGGCCCCAGGUCAGAUGUCGCUCCCCCAGAUGCCGUGGGACUCGAUGAUGCCGCAUAACGUCUCGGAACCGAAAGCACACUCCGGCGCCACGAGCUCGGCCGAACCUCACCCCGCCUUCACCACUGCGAGUGCUCUGAGUUCUCACCCUCAUCAGCUACCACCGAUCAUGGAGCGACAGAUGUCUGGCAGUGAUGCCCCCCUUCCGCCGUCCUUCCCGUCGAUAGGUGGAUCUGGAUCCAUCACGGGUCUGGGGACGCCAGGAGCCUUGUCUCCCUAUCCCAUGCUGGGUCCCGUCUCGCCUGUCGACUACCGUCGCUCGCCUGGCCCCACGCAAGCGCUUACAAUGACCAAGGCUCCCCAGGUUGAUUCGGAAGAGCAAUGCAUGAAGAUCUACGACAACAUCAAGAAUGCGGAUACCGAGAACGCGUUGUUGGACACAUUCCAUUUGCCUAGCCUGAACACGCUCAACCGACUCCUGAAGACAUAUUUUGACCUCUUCCACCAUCAUUUGCCCUUUCUGCAUCCGGCAACGUUCAACCCCACCGAGGUCUCCGCCCCGCUUUUGCUCGCCGUCCUGGCCAUUGGUGCACUGUACAUCUUCGACCAAGACCAAGCCUACAUGCUUCAUAUUGGCUCGAAGAUACUAGUGAACCAGUUCCUGCAAAACAAGGAGAACUUCAGCUCCCGAAAAUGCCCGCUCUGGACCAUGCAGGCGACGCUCCUAAACAUGAUCUUCGCCAGCUGGAGCGGUGAUCCCAAGGGCUUGGAAUGGGCUUGCUCCAUCAAAAGUCUACUUGCCAAUAUGGUGGCAGGUAAUCGUUAUGAGCUCAAGCUACGCUCAGAGGCACGAGAAGGCGCUCAGCCAAACCACGAGGAGUGGGUUGUGGACGAGCAAUGUCGGCGGACCUACUAUGCUGUUUACAUCUUCUUUGGCCUCCUCACACUGACGUACAACCAUACUCCGGCCAUGGGCUUCAACGAAUUCGAUACCCUAGAGUUACCCUCCUCCGAAUCGCUAUGGACGAUGGAGGUUUCCAACGAUGAAUCAUGGCGUGAAAGCCUGAAAGCAUCCAAGAUCAUCACCUUCCGACAGGCACACGACAAGCUUUUCCAAGGGGAACCGGCCCGUUAUAGUGCCUUCGCUACUCGGGUCAUGAUCAACGCCCUCUUCUUGGAGGUGUGGUACCACAAGCGCAGUCCCGAGGCUCUGCAGGAUGUCGUGACCGAGUACAAGCUCCGACUUGCGCUCGAGACGUGGUCCAAGUCUCUUGAGCUCUGCGAACCCGAAACCGUCGUGGUUCAGCUGAGUGCGCCUCACAAAGGCCAUCCUCUGAUCUUCAACGCUAUGGCUCUGUAUCGGAACACCCGCGCUCGUCUAGUGGUGGAUUUGAAAUCGGUCCAAGAGGCACUUCGCUAUCAUGAUUCCUACGAAGUGGCAGCUGCCAUGACCAAUGCGCGGGAUAAGGUCCAGCGUUCGCAGGAGAUGAUCAAGGUCAUUCAAGAGUGCUUCGAUUGCAUCGAGGUUGCCGCCGUGCAAGGCAUUCGCUGGGUCGCCCGAACUUCCGCUACGAACUGGAGCAUCGAGCACCCUCUUUCCGGAAUGGAUCUCAUGGUCAUUCUUACCCUCUGGCUCUAUCGUCUGGAACAUGACGAGGAGCCUGCUAACGAGGAAGAGCUCGCCAUGUACAACAAACUACGGAACCUCUUCGAGGCUGACUCCGUCGAUGUGUAUGGUGCUAAGCUCAGCUCCACUGUCGCAAGGCUCUGGGGCAGUAUGCUCGACGAGGUGGUGGUAUGGGGAAUCACCAAGCUGAUGGGUGAAGCCUUUAAGCUUCAUUCGCAAGCCCUCGUCGGGUAUGAAGACGCCAUGUCUGAGCACUCGUCCGCCACGCCUUCAAUGGCUCCUGGCGGCGUACAGGUGCUUGAAAUGCAAGUGGCUUACUGAUUGUAGGCCACCGCAACCACUGUAACGAUGACCACGAUAGUUUCCAUUUGCUUCCUCGUUCAAAUCGCACAAGACUGGACCUUUCCCUUCGGCUUUGUCCCCUCUCCGUUUCCCGCCGCAUGACACCGAGCCGAGAUCGCCUUUGUCAUUGCAUACUGGGUGUUUUGUCUUU